UAGUUGAUUAAUUGGUAUUAUUCGGAAUGUCUUGUUUACAUUUCAAAUAAUUCUACAAGACCUGUUUCUGAAUCAGUUGGAGCUUGUAUUUCCGCCAUUUGAGUUUGAAGAAAAAGAGCACAUCUUCAGUUACUUCACAUCCAAAGUAACUUAGUGUUAAAUCAGAAAAAGUCUAAAUUUUGAAUCAGGAGAUGUGUAAUGUAGAUUACUGUUCAUGUUCACAGAAAACUGUUCCACCGUAUUUUGGUUGCGUCUAUGUUCCAUUCUUGAAGACACAUACACCCAUUCCUGAAGACGCAGACCUCGUUUUAAGAACGGGACAGUGUACGUUUUCCAAUGAUUAAAUGCUUUGUUUUUACUAACUAAUGCCUGUUUUUAUAUUGUUUUCAGCCUUCGACUACGAAGUUAAUAGAAAUGUUUGUACCACGUGAACUCGAAGUCGGUGGUGAUGCUGCUAUGCAACAAGUGGAAGAACGCCGACGAGCGCAGUUAGAAACUAGAAAUGAUGCUCUACGUUUUCUGUUAAUUCCGGUUACUUUGGAACUUGGAGCUCAUUUCUGUGCCUUGGUGCUUGGUUGGGACUGGAUCUGCAUAUGAAUUCAAUAGAACACUCAAUUGGAUAUGUGAUUUGGCAAAUUUACUAUCUUCUCUAGAGAUUUAUUAUUUUUGAGAUGAUUGUCUAGUUACGUUUUAUUUUCAGUUUUGAGCUUUUAGAUUAUUUCUAUAAUUUCAUGAUCUGAGAGAUGGUUUCCCGCCACAUGUACGUGUUUUUCCAGUGUCAUUUUUUUAAUACCUUUUGAAUGCCCUGUUAUGGUUGUUGUUCAUAUAAAAUUUCUUCCUCAAACCUAAUUUUUUUAUCAUUUUCGAAUGUAGUGAACACAUGGGAAAUACAUCUGAAUUUUCGAAAGCCGUGUUGAGAACGAAAUUAACACUGUAGUUCACGUGGAUUAUCAACGUAGGAGUUGCAUAUCCUUCCAGUCUUAUCGUGUUUGGUGGCAUUCAAGAAAAUAAAAUUAG